AAGUCCGAGCAGUACCUCGCAACAACGUCUGUGUGUUGUUACACAGUAAAGUGAAGUAAAGAUGCGGUUGUUUGGUGUGUCAGCGCAAGGUUCUUUCCAGCGGGUUAGAGUGACUGUCCCAUGGUCCAUGAUAAUAGGAACCUGUUACUGACAGCACCAUGUCAAGGCUUGCAAGAACAGGGUGAAAACGGGGGAAUUUCUCCCAGUUCUGCGCAUCCACUGGGAAGUGAAGCUGAAGCUACAGUAUGUGUGCGAUGACGAAGGGACGCUACCUCUCCCUGGGCUUCGUGUUCCUUGUUUAUUGCACAACGUGCACGACAUCUAAAGGAGCCACAGGUGACAUCCUGCCAGACUCCCUACCGUCAGUCCCAGGUACCCUGCCUCACUUCAUGAAGGAGCCAGAAGAUGCCUACAUCAUCAAGAGCAACCCAAUCAAGCUGCUCUGUCGGGCUGUGCCCGCACUGCAGAUCUUCUUCAAGUGUAAUGGAGAAUGGGUGCACCAGAAUGAACAUGUGUCCCGGGAGUACAUGGAUCAGAACACUGGGCUGAAGGUGCGUGAGGUGUUGAUCAACGUGUCCCGUCAACAGGUGGAGGACUUCCACGGCCCAGAGGACUACUGGUGUCUGUGUGUGGCCUGGAGCCACCUGGGCACCUCCAAGAGCCGCAAGGCCACGGUCCACAUCGCAUACCUGAGGAAGAACUUUGAGCAGGACCCCCAGGGGAAGGAAGUUCCAAUCAAAGGGAUGAUCGUGCUGCACUGCCGCCCCCCAGAGGGAGUGCCAGCAGCAGAGGUGGUGUGGCUGAAGAACGAGGAGCUGGUGAGCUCCCUGACGGAUGACAACAUUGACACCCGAGCUGACCACAAUCUCAUCAUCAACGAGGCACGACUGUCCGACUCAGGAAACUACACGUGCCUGGCCAGCAACAUCGUGGCCAAAAGACGCAGUUCCACAGCCACUGUGGUUGUUUUCGUGAAUGGUGGAUGGUCACUGUGGACAGAGUGGUCUUCCUGUAAUGUUCCCUGUGGUCGAGGUGUCCAGAAACGCUCCCGUACCUGUACCAACCCUGCCCCGCUUAAUGGAGGGGCUUUCUGCCAGGGCAUGUCUGUGCAGAAGAUCACCUGUAAUGCCCUCUGUCCAAUUGAUGGUGGCUGGGAGGAGUGGAGCGCGUGGACGCUGUGCAGUGUGCAGUGUGAGCGACAGCGUAGGAGGGAGUGCAAUGAUCCACCACCCAGACACAGGGGCAAGAUGUGUGAUGGGCCCAGCGACACCACAGAGAACUGCACUGGAGGAAUGUGUUCCCAGAAUGGAAAGCUGCUGCAUGAUGUUAAACCUCAAAGUAUGGAUGGCUCCAACGACGUGGCUCUUUACUCUGGGCUGGGGGCGGGGAUCAUAGCUGUGACUGUCCUUGUGGUGGCUGUCAUGCUGUACCGGAAAAACCAGAGCGACUACGGCGUUGAUGUCAUCGAUUCGUCCGCGCUUACCGGGGGCUUCCAGUCUUUCAACUUCAAGACCACCAGACAAGGGAACCCACUGCUUCUCAACUCCUCUCUGCAGACAGACCUGACAGUGGGUGGGACCUACAGCAGCCCCAUCUGCUUCCAGGACUCCAUAGACAACAAAGAGCUCUUUGACCCCCUGCCAGACAUCAAGGUCAAAGUUCAGAGCUCCUUUAUGGUUUCACUAGGUGUGGCCGACCGCGCUGAGUACCAUGCUGCCAAAGGCCAUCCGCCUGAGACCUUCCCCAGGGGGCUGAACCGAGACUACAGCAACAGCACUGUGGAGAGACGGAGCACCAAGAAGGGCCUGCUCACCCCCAACAGCCCCCACCUCAACCCCACCAAAGAUCAGCUGGGAACCACGGGCGUGUUUGGGCAUCUGGGCGGCCGGUUGGUGGUGCCAAAUACUGGUGUCAGCCUGCUGGUACCCCAUGGGGCGAUCGCUGAGGACCCAACCUCUGAGAUGUUCAUGGUCAUAAAUCAGGGAGAGUCCAGUGUCCAGACAGAGGAAGGCUUUGAGAUCCUAUUAGGACCAGAGGUCACCUAUGGCCCUCCAGGCAUAGAUCUCUCCAGGCCUGUUGCUAUGACGAUAGCUCACUGUGCUGAGGUGGAUGCUGACAACUGGAACGUCCAACUGAAGAGGAAAACACAGGACAACAAAUGGGAGGAAGUGAUGUCAGUGGAGGAUGAGUCAACAUCUUGUUACUGCCUGAUGGACUCCAGUAGCUGCCACCUGCUGUUGGACCAGCCGGGCUCCUAUGCCCUUGUUGGUGAACCGCUCACCCAGGCAGCUGUGAAGAGGCUGAAGCUAGCAGUGUUUGGCAGCAUGGGGCCCAAACCCAUGGACUACAGCCUCCGAGUCUACUGUGUGGACGACACGCCACACGCCUUUCAGGGAGUGGUGGCCACAGAGACCUGUAGAGGAGGACAGCUCCUUGAGGAACCCAAGAUUCUGCCUUUCAGAGGGAACACCUUCAGCCUCCAGGUCUCCAUCCAGGAUGUCCCACAGUUUCUAUGGAACAUUAAACCCUUUACCACGUGUCAGGAAUUUUCCUUUUCCCAAGUGUGGUGCAGCAACCAGGAGCCCCUGCACUGUGCCUUCUCCCUGGAGAGAUACAGCCCCACCACCACCCAGUUCUCCUGCAAGAUUAGCGUGAAGCAGGUCAAAGGUCACGAGCAGAUUCUGCAGGUCUAUACAUCUGUGGCAGAGAGCAAGAAGGAGUCAGUCCUGUUUUUUAUGCAGACAGACUGCACCGUCACCUCACAGACGGGACCCAAGGCCUUCAAAAUCCCCCUUUCCAUCCACCAGAGGAUCUGUGCCACCUUUGACACUGCCAACACUAAGGGAAAGGACUGGCAGAUCUUAGCCCAGAAACUCCAUCUAGAUAGGAACCUGUUGUAUUUUGCUAAGCAACAGAGCCCCUCUGCCGUCAUACUGAGCCUGUGGGAGGCACGACACCAAGACACUGGUGACCUUGACUCUCUGGCAAGUGCUCUGGAGGAAAUUGACAAGAUCCAGUCCAACAGUACUGUAGCAAAGAGCCAUGAGGAACCUGAAUCAGACUCGGUACAUCAUUUUGGAACAGGAAGCCCAGACAACCCAGUGUGUGGAAUGGGUGAACUCACCAAUCAUGAGACGGCUAACUCAGUCCCUGAGUAUACUAGCUGACUUGUCUCCUCCUACAUAGAUCCCAACAAGCCCAGUGUAAUGCAUAUCCAUAUAUGCACAUAACGACUGACAGCUGACUCGGUCGUGGAUUAAAAGGUCCAUAGGAUGUCAGUGUGCGAAGGGAGUUUGUUGUUCACAGAGCAAAAAACAUGACAGGCAAAAAUUACCACUGAGAAAAAAAAGAAAUCUGUCAUUGCUGUGUGUACUGUAACUUUAUCCAUCCCUUUCUGAUGAUGUACUGUACAUCUGUUUUGUCUUUCUCCAUUCUAUUCCCUCCCUUCUUUUCCUCCUAGUUAAUGCUAUUCUUAAGUCAGGCUGACCAUUUGAGUUUGUUUUCUUAUUCUGUUGUUCAGGAUAUAGGGGACCCUCUACACUGUUAGGACCCACCAAUGCUCUUCAAAAAGUGAAAAUGCUUGUCACCGUCCCCAGGGUUUGAUACUGCCCUCAUGUGCAUCUGCAUUUACAGUGAGUGUGUCCCAAAUGGCACCCUAUACCCAUCUAGUGCAUUACGUUUGACCAGAGCCGUAUAGAACCUAGUGAAAAGUAGUGCACUAAAUGGGGAAUAGGGUUCUUCCAUUUGGGAAGUAUCCCAUAUCACACCUAUACCAUAAGACAGCUGUAUGGUAUUCAUUUCUAUUUGAAUACUUGGUCCUCAAUUCCAAAUAAUGUCUCAAUUGGGAGAAACCACUCUGAAACAGGUAUAAACAGUACCGAGUUUAAUAAAAUGCAUUUUAUUGUAAUGUUCAGAUAUUUUUGUUCUGUAUCAGCGUAACAUUGUAAAAGAGAUCCUGGCGGUACAGUGGUGGGUUGUGAGGACAAUGUACUGUUAACAUGAUUCAGGCUGGAUCCUUUAUCUUUAAAGGAAAACCCCUGACAAUGAUGGAAAUGUCUUUGUCAGGCCACAGUACUGCAGUGUGUGUUUGUGUGCAUGCAUGCAUGUGACAGUUGUGGUUUGGCCACCCUGGAGGAGAAAGAGAAAGCUGGAGGAGCUGUAUGAUGUCAUUUCCUGGCACUAUGCCAUGUGUAUCUCUGCAUCUUAUCACCCACUUUCAACCAUUAUUAACACUUGUCAAAGAGCUGCUGAUCUACCCAACACACACAAGGCCCCCAACAGAGGCAUAGCACUUCACAACUACACAGGACAUGAAUGUGGAUUAGGGUUUGGGUCAAUUCCAAUUUAAUUUGAAAAAGACCAUUCAAUUCUUGAAUUCACUCAUGAAGUGGAGAAUUUACAUUGAAUUAAAUUUGAAUUUAAAAAAUCUUAAAGUUACAGAAUUGAAUUUGAAUUAGACUGAUUUGGAAUUGUAAAAAUGUAAUUGAAUUGAAUUGGAAUUCAACAUUUUUACAUUUCCCAGUUAAUGAAAUGAAUGCACAUAGUAUAAAAAUGGACUGUAGGAUUUGUUUUUAAUUAUUUCAAUCUGUAUUCCUAUAUUGCCAGUAUAGUUAGGCUGUCGGAAUAUUGAUGAUCAGCCUGAAUGAAUUUAAUUUGAAUUUGUGGAAAUGUUGUGGAUAGUAUUGAAUUAGGUCAAUUCCAAUAAUUAUAUUCCUAACAUUGGAAUUCAGAGAAAAUUUUUCAAUUCAAAGACUGACAUGGAAUUUGAAUUCAAUUAAAUGGAAUUGACAGGGAAAGAGAAUUGAAUGACAAUUUAAUUUGAAGAAUUGACCCCAACCCUGAUGUGGAUAGAAUGUGUAAUAGUAUGGGAAGCCUUUCUGGUACAAUAAGCAGGCCUGUUUAACAUAUUGUUGUACUGUUUAAGCAAGGAGGGCCCAUAGGGCUCUAUAGUAAAUAUGGUGCCAUUUGGGACAUAUCUUAAAUGCCAUAGGAAUGCAGUGGCAUUACUGGUUUGAAUAAUAGGCACUUGUAUUGAACACGUUUAAAAUAGAUGUCCAGCUAAAAGAAUCACACUACAAAAUAUAACAGGAUGGUGUUUCUGUACUUAAUUGUAUUCCAUGUACUCUAUAAUUCACAGGAUGGAUUUGUUUAUUCCAUGUAAAUCAAAGGAUGUUAUUGUUUAUUCCAUGUAAAUCAAAGGAUGUUAUUGUUUAUUCCAUGUAAAUCAAAGGAUGGUAUUGUUUAUUCCAUGUAAAUCAAAGGAUGUUAUUGUUUAUUCCAUGUAAAUCAAAAGAUGGUAUUGUUUAUUCCAUGUAAAUCAAAGGAUGGUAUUGUUUAUUCCAUGUAAAUCAAAGGAUGGUAUUGUUUAUUCCAUGUAAAUCAAAGGAUGGUGUUGUUUAUUCCAUGUAAUUCUUAUGAUGCAUAUUUCUGUUUUUAUGUGAUCAAUAUGAUUUAGCAUCUACAGGCAUGGAUCAUGCCUGUUUCUAGUUACUCAUGCUUUCAUUUGUAUUACAAUGAGCAUAAUAACAAGGAUUUUAAAUGAUCUAAAUACUUUUAGAAAAUGGCGCUCAGAGGUGUCUCAGUACAGUUAAAUUUUCACUCAACUUGUUCAGUGAAAAAAAUCAACACUCAACUUGUUCAUUGUACACCUGUUGCAGUCUCCUCUGAACUACCUAAAACGCUGUUAGCUCAUAGUUUGUUAUAUGCAAUUUCAUAUACAAGAGGAUGCAUCCAAAAUGGAAUCCUAUUCCCUUUAUAGUGCACUACUACAGGGCUCUGGUCAAAAGUAGUCCACUAUAGAGGGAAAACGGUGGCUGAAGUUUUGAGCUGUGUCUACUGUGCCCUUAAUGAUUAUUACUGUAUGUUGCUCUCAACAGCAACGAUCAGACGAGCUGAAUUUCACACUCUACCCACUGAGCACAGACAUCAAUUCAUUGUCAAUUCCACUUUGGUUCAAUGCAAUUUCAUUGAAAUGACGUGGAAACGACGCUUAUUCAACCAGUGUGUGCCCAGUGGGUACAUGAAACCUACAUUGCUUUUUGGUUUCUACAUAACACAUUCGCUAUGCUCUCCUAAUCAAUUGAGCGUUAUACAAUCCAGCUGGAUAUAGAAUAGAUUAGUGAGUGGGUGAGCUUUACGUUUUGAAAAUUAUUGUUUUUCUUAAUUGUUAGCAAUUUAAUUUCAAUUCCCUGUACUAAUGUGAGCAAGGGUGGUGUAAAAACAGAAACAGGUGUGCUGUUGUAGUGCUAAACAGUGGCUAAUGUUGCAUUAAGAGCAUUUGUCUGUGGAAUACAAUACAUCAUAACAACCAAACAUAGCAUUUUAACUAUUUUAUUUAAUGUUGCCUAUUGCAUACAUGCCUAGUCAUAUCUAAGGUAUUAAAUGUUGAAGUUAAGUUUUUAAAUGUUAAGUGGGCCACUGGGUUUUGAACCAUACAUACAUACUCUGUAUUAUUAUUGCUUUGUGUUGUCACAGGCUGAAGACUAUUGUUGUCACAGGCUGAAGACUAUUGUUGUCACAGGCUGAAGUGUAUUUGUUGUCACAGGCUGAAGGCGAUGUGUUGUCACAGGCUGAAGGCGAUGUGUUGUCACAGGCUGAAGUCGAUGUGUUGUCACAGGCUGAAGGCGAUUGUGUUGUCACAGGCUGAAGGCGAUUGUGUUGUCACAGGCUGAAGGCGAUUGUGUUGUCACAGGCUGAAGGCGAUGUGUUGUCACAGGCUGAAGGAGAUUGUGUUGUCACAGGCUGAAGGCGAUUGUGUUGUCACAGGCUGAAGGAGAUUGUGUUGUCACAGGCUGAAGGCGAUGUGUUGUCACAGGCUGAAGGUGAUUGUGUUGUCACAGGCUGAAGGCGAUUGUGUUGUCACAGGCUGAAGGAGAUUGUGUUGUCACAGGCUGAAGGCGAUUGUGGUGUCACAGGCUGAAGGCGAUGUGUUGUCACAGGCUGAAGGCGAUGUGUUGUCACAGGCUGAAGGUGAUUGUGUUGUCACAGGCUGAAGGCGAUUGUGGUGUCGCAGGCUGAAGGAGAUUGUGUUGUCACAGGCUGAAGGCGAUUGUGGUGUCGCAGGCUGAAGGAGAUUGUGCGAUUGUGGUGUCACAGGCUGAAGGCGAUUGUGGUGUCGCAGGCUGAAGGCGAUUGUGGUGUCGCAGGCUGAAGAAGAUUGUGGUGUUGCAGGCUGAAGGCGAUUGUGGUGUUACAGGCUGAAGGCGAUUGUGGUGUCGCAGGCUGAAGGAGAUUGUGCGAUUGUGGUGUCACAGGCUGAAGGAGAUUGUGCGAUUGUGGUGUUGCAGGCUGAAGGAGAUUGUGGUGUCGCAGGCUGAAGGAGAUUGUGCGAUUGUGGUGUCGCAGGCUGAAGGAGAUUGUGGUGUCGCAGGCUGAAGGAGAUUGUGCGAUUGUGGUGUCACAGGCUGACGAUGACGAUUGUUGUGUCACAGGCUGAAGAGUUUACUGUUGGACCCCUGAUUUAAUGUCCCCUGAGUUAGUAACUAUUCCCUUUAUAGCCCACUGGGCCAAAACUGGUUGAAUCCAAAAAUGAAUCAAUGUGGAAGUCUGUAAUCAAUGUAAGGGAAUUUAGUAUUUUUCACCUAACUUUUAACCUAAAUGACAUGGCAAUUUUUUUUUUUUAUUGAAUUCAGGUUAACUCAAGCAAAUGUAAAUUAAAACUAGACUUUGAACAGACGUCUGUGCCCAGUGGGAGUGCACUAUGUUUGACCAAGGCCUCUGGUCAAAACUAGUGCACUAUAAAGGGAAUAGGGUAUCAUUUGGGACGCAUGCUAUAGCUCCACACUGACUUCAUCAGGAUGGAUGUUGCUAUGCUCCAUCUCACAUCACGCAUGGCCUUUGGCUUCAUAUCACUAUUCUUGUGCCUUGUUUAACUACUGUAAAUGGUGAAUGUUGUAAAGUACAGAUGGGGCUGAAAAAAAACAAAAACAAAGCAAAACCAUGCCAACAUACAUUUAAAAAAGUAUUAGUUGAAAAAGUAUUUAAGAUUAUAUAAUUCAAUAGGCUGCAGAGCUUUUCUAGUGCUAAACAUACUGCAUAUGUUUGGUAUUGCCAGGGCAGCUUGGUGGUAUAUUGUAUCUAUAUAAUUAUGGACAUUUUGGAUGUUUUCUGUACAGUAGAAUUUGCAAAUGUAUAUGCAGCCUUUUGGAAAUAAAUGUACAGCUAAAGUCUCAA